AUGCAGGCGGCUUUCCAACCUGCACCACCUAUGGAGUCUUAUUAUGAGAGAUUCAAGAGGCUCAACCCACCCAUGUUCGAUGGUGGACCUGAUUCUCUAGCCGUAGAGACUUGGAUUAGGGAGAUGGAGAAGAUGUUCGAUGCACUGCAGUAUCCCAAGAGUAUGAAGGUCGGGUUGGCUAUUCCAAUGUUGAGAGGAAAUGCAAAGUUUUGGUGGAUGGCCAUAAAAGCUGCAAAUGAGAAUGAAGAUGAUCAGUUGACAUGGGAUGAGUUCAAGAAAAUAUUUUAUGAUCAAUAUUUUUCUAAGUCAGUAAGAUUAGCAAAAGAGAACGAGUUCUUGUCUUUGAGGCAGAUAGAUGAUAUGAUUGUACUGGAGUAUGCAAAUAAAUUCAAUGAGUUAGGUCAAUUCUGUCCCCAGCUUAUGGAGGUUGAAAGAAGCAAAGUAAAUAGAUUUGAACAGGGUCUGAGAUAA